AUGGCCUCCAAAAAGACAGUCGCUCUCAUCACGGGCAGUACCCGAAAAGUACGUCUUGGACCCUUCUUCACAGCCUACGUGAGGGACACUAUCGCCCCCCAUUGCCCCGCCUUAUCCUUGGAGGUCGUCGAUCUGGCCGAUCCAGGGCUGCCCAUUCUCGACGAGACCAACCCGGCGGCCGGGCAGCCCGCAGAUGAUCCUACGUCCCAUUACGAGCACGACCACACGAGGAAGUGGUCCGCCGUGGUGCGCAAGUACGAGGCCUUCAUCUUUGUCACGCCAGAGUACAACCGCAGCGUGCCGGCGGGGUUGAAGAAUGCGCUCGACUUUUUGUACCAUGAGUGGAACGGUAAACCCGCUGGCGUUGUGUCCUAUGGUGGAAGAGAAGGCGCCAGGGCGUCAGCUCAUCUGCGAGACAUCCUGGCUGCCUUGAAGCUAGUCGUGUUGCCUGCGGCGCCGGGGCUGAGCACAUCCCGCCGGAUGUUGCCCUAUGUUGGAGAGCACAAGUCGGUGUCGGACGAGGAUAGGCAGCGGUGGAAGGAGUCUGGUGCCGAGGCGCAGAUUGUGACAUUGGCACAAGAAUUGGUGGCGGAGUUGGAAAGGGGAAGCAGUUCACUAUAA